AUGAUUUCCCCCCCCCUUUCACUCCCCAUCAUUCUCUCACUCUUCACUCUCAGCACCGCUCUCCCACAAUCUCCUCCAGACACCAACCUCACCUAUAACCCAGGAUCCUGGCACCGACUCCCAUCCAUCCCCCUCUAUCCCCGUCAAGAACACACAACCGUAUAUCUAGACCCCUACAUCUACAUUCUCGGCGGCAUCAUCCCCUCCAACUCCACCAGUGACCCCUAUCCUACCACAACCCUCAUGCAGCGCUUCUCCCUCACAACCAAUACAUGGUCCCGUGCGGCCGACCUCCCCCUCCCCCUCAACCACGCCAACGCCGCCAUCCUCAACGGCGCCAUCUAUCUCCUCGGCGGCCUUACCCCCUCUCCCGCCGGCACCUGGCUCGCCAGCCGCACCUGCUACCGCUACGACCCCAGCAGCAACACCUGGUCGCAACUCUUCACUUCCAUUCCCUCCGGUCUCCAAAUCGGCGCUGCAGCCGUCGCCCGUCGCGGAAACACCAUCUAUCUCGCUGGGGGACUCACCUCUCUCAACGUCUCCGAAACCUACCAACCCAGCGUCUCCUAUUUCACCGCCUACACAUCCGGUUUCGAGCGAUGGACUUCUCUUCCUGAUCUCCCCGAACCGAGAGAUCAUGCCGGAAAGGGGUUUAUUGGGGAUAAUGGCCCGUUUUAUGUUAUUGGGGGAAGAGCGUUUGGACAUGAUAAUGUGGUGGGAACGAAUUAUAUGUAUGAUUUUCAGGUUGGGGGGUGGAGCGAGAAAAAGGGGAUGCUGACCCCGAGAGGGGGGGUGGCUAGUGCGGUGGUGGGAGAGAGGAUUUUUGUUGUAGGGGGGGAGGGGAAUAGGGAGAGCGAGAGGGGGGGUUUUUGCGGAGAAUGAGGGGUAUGAUGCUGAGAGGGAUGAGUGGAGGAGUUAUGCGCCGAUGGAUGUUCCGAGGCACGGAACAUCCGCAGUAGCCGUCGGAAACAGAAUCUACGUUCCCGGCGGAGGAUUAACAGAAGGGGGAGAUCCCACCGAUUACUUCAGUUAUUUUGAGGUUCCUUAUUAG